AAUAACUAAGAUCUGAGGGUCCUGAACACAUAAUUUUAUCCGAUUAACGACCCACUUUCCUGCAGGACUGGCGUUAAAGCUGGCGUUUUACAGCACUAAUAACGUAGCAGCCUUGGUAUUUAACAUCUGAUCUGCCAACAGCUUGGCAACACAUCUGCUGCCAUACGACGGAAUUUAUAUAACCUCAAAUCCAAAAAUUCAAUUUUUGUAACAAAACUCUACAUUUUGUUCACUGAAAAUUCUACGUGAGGCGCCGACAACAAUCAAGCCAAGAUGUCUGAUUUCGAGACCGAAUUGACCAGCAACGACAAAGAGCUGCAGGAGUUUCUGAUGAUGGAAAAACAGAAGGCGCAGGUCAAUGCACAGAUACACGAGUUCAACGAGAUCUGCUGGGAGAAGUGCAUUGGAAAGCCCAGCGCCAAGCUGGACAGCGCCACAGAGACGUGCCUGAGCAACUGCGUGGACCGCUUCAUCGAUACAUCGCUCCUCAUCACACAGCGCUUCGCGCAGAUUCUGCAGAAGCACGACAUGUAAGGCCGGAGGAAGCAUCCAUUUGGCAGCCGACAGCCGACCCAAUGGACAGGACUGUCUCUGUGUUGCGGCUGCUGCACCCAAUGUCCUACUGUUAAAACUAUUUUUUAAAAAUUACCAAGUAAGAUUUUUUUUGAUGUGUCUUCGGUUGGACGGACCCGCGGACCCAUGUACUCCCCUUACAAACCAAGAAAACACACCCUCCCGUUCACCCGGCAAUAUUCCACAAAUUGGACACGCCUCAAUGCCUAGACAGCAGCCGGUGCUAAUUUUCACCUCUGCCAGCCGCCGUGCCAUGCCUGUGGGCCAUUGGAGGGACGACGUCGACGACCCACAAAAGCCACCAGUACAACUUCAGUGUUCUAUAGCCCCGUAUAUAAUAGCAAUAUAUACAUAAAUAUAUGGUUCUGUUGUUGGCUUAAAGUUAUUUGGAAUGAAAACAUAAUAAAUGCUACCUUUUGACUUGGGGUUUGUGGUACGCUA